CGCCUCGGAACCCACGUGCGCAGGCCCUUGUUUCCGGGGGUGCGAGCACGUGACACGCCCGGCCGUUCCGGAGGGUCAGCAUGGUGGGCAAAGUGCGGCGGCCCCGGGCCCGGCUACACGCCGCCGCGGUGAAGGCCGCGCGUCCGGCCCCGAGCGCCAAGGAGGCGGAGGCGUCUGUGACGGCGGCGUCCAUCACGACGACGACCGCCUUGCGCCCCGCGGGGGUGACGGCGUGGAGCGGAGCCGGGGGACAGGACUGGGGUUUGGUGACGUCGGACAUCUUUGCUGGGACCAAGAUUGACCCCAAGGCGUUGGUUCAGAAACUAGACUCGGACACGAGAAGCGUCGUCUCCGCCGGUGCAGGUGCUGAAGCAAAAGUCGUCUUGUCCAAGAAAGAGAAGCUGAAGGUACGGCGGGCCAGGUGGCUCCAGAAAAUAGACACCAUCAAGGCGGCUGAAGAGGCUCGUAAGGCGGAGGCAAGACGGAAGGCCACAGCUGUUGUGGGAGACCUGCACCCACUCAUGGAGGCCUUGCCUGAGCUUUCGGAGCUGGUGACAGCCAGCCGGCCUAGGAGGAAGCUCAAGAGGUGUGUGUACAGUGCACCGAGGCAGAAAGCCGAGCCCACAGAUUUCAGCCGGAUGACCCAGGCCCAGAAGCGCAAACUCCUAGAUGACGAGAUGGCCCGGUUUCAAGCGGUGGUCGCCAGCCCUUCUUAUCAGGCCAAUCCUCUGAGUGCCAUCGGCGAGCAUCUCUCUAAGAGGCUGAGACAGGAGGAAGGUGGGGGGCUCUAGGUCCGAACAGGAGCAGAGGCUGGAGACGGCGGCAGAGGCCAGGACAGCGGCGGAGGCCGAAGAUGGCAGUGGAGACCAGACUUUUGUGUCCACAGGAGGAGGCAGCACCUAGUUCCAGAAGGGCUUGGGGUCCUUGUGACUGUGAUCCUCCAUUUUUGGGAGGCCAGAAGUGGUAGCCUAGUCUCCACCUACCUCACAGGGAUGUUGUGAGGGGUGACUAAUAAAGCGACCCCAGAGGCCUUCAGAAAUGCCGCAUGCUCAACUUGGGGACGUCAGUCCCCGGGAAUUGGCUCCCAGCUGUGGGGCUCUGCCCACCCCCCAUCCCCCAGGCCAAGGUGCAGCUGCCCCCCAUUGCCAAUGAGACCUUCCUAGGGAGCACCACCCUGCACCGGGCCUGGUAGCAUUGGGGAAGUGCAGGCCGGCCACUGCUCCUGAGGGUGUGGUGGUUGUGAGAGCUGGCCUGAGUCAUCUGUGCCGUCUCUCCCAUUUUCCAGAGAGACCAAGCCACUGGCCAGUCCAUAGGCAGGCACUUAUUAAGUGCCUGCUGUAUGUUAGGAGACCCAAGACAAAGACCAAAGUAGAGCCCACCCUCAGGGAGCUUGUGGUCACACACAGUCAAUGUCUGGGCCGGGUGUCAGACCCAGGUACUACGGCGGAGUGUACGGAUGGGCUUCUCUUGCUGCCGACUUAGGGACAGUGAGAGGAAGGGGAUGAGCGGCCCGUCACUGGACUGCUCUGCACCUCACUCUGCUGGGCUCUGAAAUGGGGCCGGUAGGUCGUGCACUGUCCUCCACUUGGGGCUCUUAGGAGGGUGUGUGGCGAUGAUGUAGCCAACACUGAUAAGCACCACUGUGUGCAGGGCCAGGUCCUGGGAAUUGUCUAAGUCUUUCCUUGUUUGAUCCUCACAUCUCCAUUUGACAGAUGAGGAAACAGGCAGGCUGGUAAGUGACUUGGCCAGGAUCUCAGAGCUCGACUUGAGUCCUCCCGACUCCAGGCCCAGCCUCUGCACAGUGACACCCCAUAGGGUGCCCCCCCAACCCCCGGGGAAGGUUGAUGUGUGACUGAGGGAAGGGUUUAAACCUCGAGCUCUAGAAAUGGGUCAGCUUCCUCACUGCCCUUUCUAAACUCAGAGAAAAGAGUCGGGGGAGCACUUAGGGGCACUGCCUGUGGGCAUGGCCCCAUCCAAUGUGCUUCUACCAGAGGGAAGGAGCUUUGUAGGUCAGCCUUGGGUGUGGGACUUAGCGGGGCUGGGGGUGGGAGGGACAUAUGAUGUAAGUAUGUGAACUUUUGGGUUUUUAUUUUUUAAGUUUAAUUAUUUUUGAUGAAUAAAAAAUCCAGCUUCCCCUGCCCCCAAUUCAAAAAGAAAGAAAAACAUGGGCCAUGUCCCAAAGGUCAGGGGUCUCCAUAUGCCCCCAAGUCCAUCCCUUCUGUCAGAAGGUGAGCAGCACAUGUCAGCGGGAGUCCUCUGGGACUCUGGGUGUCACGCAUCAAUCGGAGUUCUUAAGUCUUUCAGUCACACUGUUGUCAUUGUGUGAAUGCUUCUGGUUCUGUUCAUUUUGCAUCCCUUGUGUCAUUUCUUACAGCACAAUAGAAUUCUCUCACAAUCAUACACCACCAGCCAUUCUCCACUGAUGGGCAUCCCCUCAAUUUCCAGCUCUUUGCCACCAUACAAAGAGCUGUUUUUUGGAGUAUGACUCCUAAUGGUGGUCUCACUGGGUCAAAAGGCAUGCAUGUCUAAUAGUUUUGGGGGAAUAGAUCCAAACCGCUCUCCAGAAUGACUGGAUUAGAUCACAAGUCCACCAGCAAUGUACCAGUGUACUUAGUGAUUUGGAGCAUUUCUUCAUUUGGUUGUUGGUUGCUUGGAUUUCUGCCUUAGAAAACUAGCUGUUUAUGUGGCCACGUACCAACGGGAGAGUCGAGGUCUUAAUCAGAGAAACUUACUGUGCAGAUUGCUUUUGUUUGUAGUUAGCUGCCUCUCUUCUGAUUUUAGUUGUAUUUUGUUUGAACCUUUUUGAUCUCACGUAGUCCAAAGCAUCCGCUUCUAUUCUACGGUCCUCUCGAUCCGUCGUUCGGCAGUGAAACCUUCCCUCUCCAUGGAGCCGAAAGAUGACGAAUUCCUUCUUUGUGGCUCUGAUUUGUUGAUCGCAAGGUGGAUAGAUCACGGGCCCUGGAGUCAAGAGGACCCGAGUUCAAUUCUCACCUCGGGCACUUAGUAGCUGUGUGACCUUGGGCAAGUCAUUUAACCCUAAUUGCCUCAAACAUCCAGGGCCAUCUCCAGUUGUCCUGAUCUACAUCUUGCCACUAGACCCGAUGGCUCUGGAGGAGAGAGUGAGGUUGGUGACCUUGCGUAGCCCUGCCUCACUCGGAUUGAACAAUUCAGUGCAAGUCCUGACAUCACCCUGAUGUCAUGGUCCUCGUCAAGAACAAAGGUCAAACAACAAAACAAACACAUUUGUUAAUGAUGAGCCCCCUUCUGUCUAAGUCAAGGGCACCUUUGGAGUUUACCUCUGCAGGGAGCAUGAGAUGCUGGUCUAGACCUAGUUUCUGCCAGAUUUGCUCUCCAGUUUUUCCCUACAGUUUUUGUUGCCCUAGGAGCUUCGAUCUCUCCUGUGCUUGCUCGAUUUUGACAGGAUCUCUGCUUCUUAGCCAUCACCCAGUGGCUCUGUAGCACAGUGUCUGACCUUGAACCCACAGUGACUGGUGGCUACCAUCUUUCCAGCAUUCUGUGGUUUGCAAAAAGCCAUAUGACAAUGGCUAACACUUUGAGCCUCACAACCACCAUGGGAGGUGGGUGCUAUUAUUCCCCAGUUUACAGAUGAGGAAACUGUGGCAGGCAGUGGUUAAGUGACUUGUCCAGGGUCACACAGUUAGGACCUGUCAGGUUGAAUUUGAAAUUGUUUUUGUGACUUAAGGUCCAGCUCUCUAUCUUUUGCACCACGCAGCUGCCUCCAAUCAAAUGCAUUAGUCAGGGUCGGUAAACAUUUAUUAAGCGCCUACUACGUGCCAAGCACUGGAGUUUGUCUGAAGUUUGGCCAUUGUGAGAAUAUUAUUAGCAGGGGCCCCCAGCUGUGAGAGCUUGGGUUGACCUUUCUAAGGUUCAGUGUCCUGAAGUGACCUCACAUCAACAUGAGACCACACUCAGCCAAUAGGCUUGAAGCUGUGUGGGAGGCAGUUGGUUUCCUGAAUUGGUGAGCUCUGAUCGCUCCUGGAAGGAGUUUUCCUAUUCUUUCAGAGACACUUGUUCUCUCUUUGUAAACCUCUGAUCUAUUUGAAUAAAGGUCUAAUACCUGAACUGUGAAGCUGUUGUCCUAUCACACCAUGUGUGAUGCUGCUGUCUCUGUUGUUCACUCACUUCCUCUUCCAUGCAUCAUUUCCUGCGCCCAAUCCUUCACACUAGCUCUUUCACUUAGCAAGGGAAGCAUGUGCAGCUCACUCCUGCUCACUCUUUGCCUCUCUCUUACUCUACUCACCCAGAGCGCUGGCCAGCACUCCUGUGAAACACUGAUUCUGCUCCCUCUUCCCUUGACUUCUUCCAUCAGCUGGGCCCCUGAUGCCCAGAGAGGACUCCACCCCCUCCCCAUCCCAGUGGCUGUCAACAAUCAAACCCUAUUCCCUAACUUUUGGGGGCAAAGAGCACAAUAAUUUUGGUGACUUUAUUUGAAUAAUUUCAAAAUGGUUAUUCACAGCUCCACUAACAAUGUACUAGUGUGCUUAUCUUACCACAGCCCCUUCCUCCACUGCUGACUGUUGUCAUCUUUUUGUUUCUUUGCUAUUUGCAGGGUAAAUAUUUUCCAAUUCUAGGGGCAGCUAGGUGGUGCAGUAGAUAGAGCACCGGCCCUGGAGUCAGGAGGACCUGUUAGAAACACAGCUAACCACUCUUCCUGUCGCACAGCUCAAGUAUUGGCAGCCCUAGGGUUGCUAGCAGGUCGCUGUUCAAAAAUCCCGAGCAAGCAGCAGUUGGGGAGUGAAGGCUUUAUUCAUCUUCACGAAGAUGGGCACUCUUCUGAAUGUGCCGGAGAAUGCACUGAAGUGAGGUCCCUCACCCCUAUUUAUACUCCUCAAGGGGUCCCCUCCAACCAAUCACAUUAAGGCCUUUUGAUACCCCUCAUUUACAUUUUAGUUAAUACAGUUGCUAUUUAUACAGAAUAACAGUAACAGCCUAAGAACCCAUCAGGUGGUACCAGUUAACCAAUCAGAUUUUACAAACUACGAUACCAGGCCUUAACCUAUUCUGGGCAAGAGUGACUGUGUUAACAUACAUAACUCUUGGGGUUUGACCAAUCAGAUUGCUCCAUUUAUCCACCAAUCAGAUUGUGGCCUUAGGCCCCAAGCCUGUGCUGGAGUAAGAAUGUCCCCAUUCCCCACUAAACAGUGCUUGUGUAAACAACUGUUCAAAACAAAACUCAAGUGAGGGCUUGAGCUCCGAGUCAUGUGGGGAUCACUUCGAGCGCCUCAAGGUGAACUCCCAGCCCGACUCCCACAAAACCCAGGCCCUUCUUCAGGGCCUGCUUGGGCCUAAAGGUCAGGAGCCUUGGCUUGAAGCCUCAUGUGCCCAGUGGCCCCCUGCUGGGAGGUUGGGGGCCACAAAGCUGUUGGGCCUGAACCCGCACUCACUCUCUGCCUUUAGGGCUCUGAGAAGAGUCCAAACAUAGACUUUUCUCUCAGACCUGAGUUCAAACCUGGCCUCAGACACUUGACACUAGCUAUGUGACCCUGGGCAAGUCACCUAACCCCAACUGCCUUACCAAAAAAAAAAAAAAUCCAAUUCUUUUGAGAAAUAUCUAUGUUUGUUUAUAUAACUUGGCUAUCAAACCCUUAUCAAA